AUGGAGGAUAAAAAGCAGACGAGUUUCACGUUUGAGAUAGAUAACUUCUCGGAGAAGGAAGCUGGGAGACGGUCACCUCAAUUCCUGGCAGGCGGCUGCGAAUGGUAUAUUCAAGUUUAUUCCAAUGGAGAGCUUGUUUAUGAUCACUUGUCUAUGUACCUAGGUAUAGCGAAUCCUGAAUCAUUGCGACUUGGAUGGAAAAGACGAGCUAGUUUUUCCUUUGUUCUGCUGAAUCAAUCAGGCAAAGAGGUCUACGGAACAAAAGAACUGUGCGCAUUGUUCUGCAAUCAGCUAACCACAGCAUGGGGUCGGUCAAAGGCCUUGCCUCUUAAAAAGCUUCAAGAAAAAGGGUUUCUGGAGAAUAAAAAAUUGAUCAUUAAAGUGGAAGUAAAAGUAAUUGAAGUGAUCGAUGAAGCAGAAGAAGUAACAAGGAAGGAGAAGGUAGAUGUGCAAGGUUUCAAAGUUCUUCAUUCUCAGGCUGUUCUAGUGAGUAGGCUUUUCGAGAAGCAUCCGGACAUUGCGGUAAAUUUCAAACCAAAGAACCAACAAGUGAAGACGACAUACAUGAUAUUCCUAUUACAUCUCAUCGAGACAUUGAGAAAACCUCCACAUAGCAUCUCUGAGACUGAGCUAUGGAUCGCUGGCAACGAGUUGAUGGAGCUUACAGAAGCAGGCUUCAAGCUAGAUUGGUUGAAGACAAAGCUUCGUAAGGUUUCAUUUAAGCGGAUGACAUCAUAUGAUAAUGUCUCUAGAGUCCAAGAAUUCGAAAAUCAAGUCAAGAAUCUCAAAGCUGAAGUUUCAUUGGAGAGGAAAACAACAUAUGAUCAUUGUUCAAGAGUCCGAAAACUCGAAAAACAAGUCAAGAAUCUCACAGCUGAACUGAACAUCGAGAAGGAAAAAUCUGCCGCUUAUGCUACUAAAGUGUAUGCCUUAGAAAAGACCAUGUCGGAUAUCAUUGAGUUCAACAAGAAGUGGAACUCAGAGCAGGUCUGA